UAUUCAUGAACUAGGCUUUCGCCGUAGUAGGGUUCGUAAUUUGGCCGUGUCUUUUUAGAGCAGAGCGUCUCUCUAUUUGCAGUUAUGGCGGAGCCUUCAGCGCAGAGAGAUGAUGAUGAGUGGCAAGAUUUCAACGCGUUCAAGGGCGGAACGAGACGGAAUAUCCAUCUGGAGCGGGUUCACGUGAGCGCUGAAGAGAUGUCGCUGCUGCUGGAUGGAAUUUCAGACACCGAGAGCGCGCUUGAGAAUGAGAUGAGCUCUUACACAUGCACAGACGAGAUCAUCAAACACUUCGACGAGAAGUUACAAUUAUGCUUCCAAAAUGUAGACUCUAAACCGGACGCAAUAUAUCCAGUGACGCCAAUAAGUGAGGAUACGACUCUGAAAUGUGAUGAGAUCUGGAAUGCUCUCACGGAUAACUAUAGCAACGUCAUGCCAGUGGACUGGAAUCAGUCUAGAGUCCGAUCGCUUCACCUCUCAACGCUGAGCCUCGAAGACAGACCGCGGGUGGAGAGUGUGAACCUGGAUCUGUCUGAUGAUGAGGACCUGAGGGAGCAGAUGGACACACAUUCCAUCAUUGUGUCCUGUAUCAAUGAGGAGCCGCUGCUCACUGCUGAACAGGUUAUUGAGGAGAUAGAGGAGCUGAUGCAGGACUCUCCAGAGAUGGAAUCGGAGCAGAAUAUUUCACACUCAGACCUGUCAUUCAUCUCUCAGAAGAGCCAAAGAUCUCACAGCAGCCAGAUCUAUGAGGAGAGAGUGAGGCUGAUGUCUGUAGUGGAGCUGAACGAUGAGCUGGAGGAUGUGGAGAUGGCCAUACGUGGAUAUUCGGAGGAGCUGAUUCAGCACCUGGCCAUGAGGGAUGAGCUGGAGUUUGAGAAGGAGGUGAAGAACAGCUUCAUCUCGGUCCUCAUAGAUGUACAGAACCGACAGAAGGUGCACCGAGAGAUGCUGAAAAAGAAGAGGAAAGUGAAGAAUGUGUCGGGAUCAGAGAGGCUGCCGUCUUCUCGCUUCAGCGUGGAGGGCAUCUCUACUGCCAUUCAAAAUGGUUUUCGGCACACUUUUAGGAAUGGGGGCAGUGAGAAACAGUAUGUAACAACAGUCAUCCCAUACGAGAGGAAAGACGGGCCACCAUCAGUCCAAGACCUUCAGAUUUUUACCAAAAUUUUAGAAGCCAUGAGAGAUGACAGUGAUAAAGUCCCAAGCCUCCUCACAGAUUACAUCCUCAAAGUGCUCUGUCCCACCUAGAGAGAGGAAAGUCACUUCAGUCUUCUCAUGCAUAUCGAAGAAGCAUCUUGGUUUCCUUGAAAACAGAGGGAUUAUAUUCACUGUGAUCCUCAGAUUUUACCUUCUCACUGUUAGCUGAUCAAUGCACGAUGUGUUUGACUUCAGUUCUCUGUACUGAUGUGUCGGACUGUAUUUUGCAUGUUUUACCUCACAGUUUGCAGUAUUCUGUGUUUAUGUGUUUGCAGGUUUGCUAUGUGUGUGUUUAGUGAUUGGAGGACAAAUCCAGAUCUGGAUUUUAGGGCUUGUCUCAAUGUAAAUGUCAGUAUCCACCUUAUUUUUCAACGUGCAAGUAAGCUAUUCUCUGUGAAUGUGCCAGAAUUCUGAUUCAUUAGCCGCUAUAGGGAAAUAAUGAAAGAAUAACAAAGUGCAGUAAAUGGUAAAAAUUUGCACUUCAAACCAGUUCAUUUAUAAUUAUGAUAGAACAUUAAAAUAAUAUCACAACAAAUACCAAUUUGUAACAUCAAGCUGCAUAACGGACUGUUUUUGUUCGGCUAGAAUAACUGAAAGUGACUUGAACCGGAAGCCUUGCACAUUCAAGUUAUAAAUCUUACAUUAAAAUAAGGUGGAUAGUCCUAAUAUAUUAAUGCAGCGUGACUCCUAUCAGAGAGAGGUGUGGGUUUGUAAAGUUGUUAUCAUCCCAUGGUAAACAUCAGUUUAUCCCAGUAUUGUAUGAUCUAAAUCAGCGGUUCUCAAAUGAUGGGUCACAACCCAAAAAUGAGUUUCAGGCCUGUUCAGAUAGAUAGAUAGACAGAUAGACAGAUAGACAGACAGACAGACAGACAGACACAGUAUGUGAAAUGAAGCUGCAUCUCCACUGAUGUUUACAGACCAGGGUUGCCAGGUCUGCGACACAAAACUAGCCCAAUGGCCAAUCAAAAAUAGCCCAAAACUGUAUAUAUUUUGCAGUCACUGUUAUGCAUUAUACACAACUUUAAAAUCACUACAUGAUAGUGAUUAUAAACAUCAUAAUUUAAAAGUAGCCCAAUUCCACAGGAAAACCGCAGGCUUGGCAACCCUGGUACAGACUAUUAUGUUGCCAGUUUCGCAUAUGUCAUAUUAGUAAUUUGGCAUAUUGUUGAGGCUGUGCAUUUCAUGAUAAUAUUAUUCCAAUUUAGUAUUUGAUUUUAAACUUUUUUUUACUUUUGCAUGAUAAACCGUUUUGGCACUAUGUUUGGCCAUUUAAUGUCCAAUGUAAAAUCCAGGAGAACCAGCUGAAAGCCACUGAUCUACAACAUAUCGUAUUACUUUCAUAUCACCACUGGGUGUUUUAGUUCCAAUCCUAAGGGUUGAUUAGUUGUGCUGUAAUGUGUGCACUUACCAUUCUUUUAACUGUUAAAAUGCCUUAUGUCACUAAACAUCAAUUCACUCUAAAAAUAGCUUUACACCAUUGAUUUUGCUAUGAGAAUAUUAUAAAGAAUCUGUGUUUAAAUCUAUGCAUGGCGCUGACCAGCCAUCCGGUGCGUGACAGUAUUUUCAUGACUUGACACACAUUGGCCUUAUUAAACAAAUCUACAUGCUGGUGAGAUUGCGUUCUGGUGCCAGUGUUUGAAUGUAAGAUCUGCUGUGUGCCUGUUGAAUUGGUUACAUAACAAGACUUUCUAAUUAGCUGGACAGCAAUCAAUGGUCAAUCAUUUCAGAGGUUUAGUUUGUUCUUUGUGUAAAAUUAAUAAUGACUGGAUAUUAACAUUGUGUCUGACAGUUUUGUAUAUGUAUAAACUAUAUGGAAAUUUAUGUUUCUUACAUUUAUUUAUACUUUUCAAAGCAAAAAAUAAAAUAUAUAUUUAAAAAAGC